AUGCCUCAAUACGUAUCCCAGAGAAGACUAAGACACAUAAGAUCUAUCUCAAUACGCAACCUUUCGUUAUUGAGUCUCGAGCAUCCAUUACGGGAAAGCUUCCCUUAUCUCACACUACCAUGCUUCUUUGUCAUCAAAACUUUAAAGGGAGAUACCAUUUAUAUCAGUGAAACCCAAAAUGGGAGUACCUAUAAUGUUCAAUUCAAUUCUUUACCUAUCAAUUCAAACCCAUCUACAUGUGUAACAGUGCAAUUAAUAGUCGAAAUUUCUUGCAAGUUAUUUAAAACAUCUGGGAGGGACAACGAGGGAGAGAACCACGAGAAUGUAUGGUGUCCUAUGGCUACAUAUGAAGUUGAUUUAAAUCUGUUGAAAAAAAUUGAGUUAGAUAAUACAAUUAUAGAAUCAUGGAACACACCAAUUUUCGAAUUCGAAGAUGGUAUAUACAUUAUUCCUGAUACUAAAAAUAAGAACAUACUAUUACAGCAAAAUACUCAGAGCCACCGAAGGAAAAUAUCUGGCACUCAAACCAAAAAAUCAGUUACUUUUAAUUCACUUUUGAAACUGAAUAAGAUGAUUGAGUAUAACAUGAAUAUGGAUAGGGAACUGCUUAGUGAUUCCGUUAAUUUGGAAAAAAGUGUACGGCUCCCUAAUGGACGUUUAUGUUGGCGUAAGAUUCAAAUAAUCGAUGCCAUCAAUCAAUCAAAGACAAGUAAUUUGAAGAAGAUGAAUAUUAUAGAGCGGCUUCGUAGCUUAUUGUUUAAAGAAAAUGCAUUAUUAAAGAAAUCCGUGACGGAGUUGUCGUUACUUUCAUUAAAUCAAAACCAAUCAUCAAAAGAAGAUUAUGGUAACACAUAUUCAGGUCUAAUACAGACUAAGACUCAUCUUGAGAGAAUCAAAGUUAAAAAGAUUACUCAACUGAUACGGAUAUUUGAAAAUACGGGAAUUUUUGAUGAAGAAUUCGGAUUUAUACGAUGUUUGAAGACCAAUAAUGACCACGAACCACAGUCAUUUUCAAGUUCCUCCCCGUAUCCGAAAAUAACGUUGAAUCGAGUAGACAUGAAGAGACUGUCGAGUAGGAUAUCAAAGAGCCAAGAAGAUCGUGAGAUAAUAAGUUCCAUGUUAGGCUAUUAUCUUCUUUUCAUCAAAUUAAUCACAUCAAAAAUUUACAAAAUUGCAUUACCUUAUAAUUUGCAAUAUUUUGGUAGUACAUCUCUUAUAGAUGGGAAGUAUCCAUUAUACUGCCCCAAAUCAAACGACAUGGACCAGUAUCGUGAUUUCAAAAAUGCACUCAAUCAUUUUAAUGUAGAUAUAUCACAAACUAUACAGUAUUUAGACCAUUAUUACAUAUAA